CCUUCCCCAUGAGGACCGCGUGUUGUGUUUGGGGGAGACUCUGAAACGGAGACUCAGUCUGAGAUUAAAGAGCUAAAUGACUGACGUCCUGUUUCAAGUCUUCUCCUGCACUUUCCUACCAAGCUUAAAUGUGCUUCCGUAAACACGUCAGAACAUUCCACCAAGAGGAAAGUUAACCUGCUGAAACAGGUGAGAAAAAUAAAUAUGGCAUCCAGAAGACAUUCCUGUACUCAGGAAACGCCAUCUGGUACCCUCCACGUGAACACAUCUCACAAAGAAACACAGAAACGCAGCAAGGAGAGAAAUCACUACUGCUUGGAAUGUGGAAAGAGGUUUAAUGGACUGGGUAAUCUCCGAAGACACCAGCGCAUUCACACAGGAGAGAAACCGUAUCACUGCUCAUUGUGUGGAAAGAGUUUUAGGCAAAAGAUUACUCUCAGAAUACAUCAGCGCAUUCACACAGGUGAGAAACCCUAUCACUGCUCAGAGUGUGGAAAGAAUUUCACUGUACUGGGUCAAUUCAAAGUACAUCAGCGUGUUCAUACAGGAGAGAAGCCGUAUCACUGCUCAGAGUGUGGACGGAGUUUUACUCAAAAGAAAGCUCUCCAAAAGCACCAGUACAUUCAUACAGGAAUAAAACCGUAUCACUGCUCAGAGUGUGGAAAGAGUUUUAGUCAAAAGAGUAAUCUCAGAAUACAUCGGCGCAUUCACACAGGUGAGAAACCCUAUCACUGCUCAGAGUGUGGAAAGAAUUUCACUGUACUGGGUCAAUUCAAAGUACAUCAGCGUGUUCAUACAGGAGAGAAACUCUGUCACUGCUCAGAGUGUGGACAGAGUUUUACUCACCAGGGUGCUCUCCAAAAGCACCAGUACAUUCAUACAGGAAUAAAACCCUAUCCCUGCCCAGAGUGUGGAAAGAGUUUUACUGACCAGAGUAAUCUCAAAACACACCAGCGCAUUCAUACAGGAGAGAAACCGUAUCAGUGCUCAGAGUGUGGAAAGAGUUUUACUGACAAGAGUAAUCUCAAAACACAUCAGCGCAUUCACACAGGAGAGAAACCGUAUCACUGCUCAGACUGUGGGAAGAGUUUUAAUCGACAGGGUCAUCUACAAGAACACCAGCGCAUUCACACAGGAGAGAGGCCGUAUUACUGCUCAGAGUGUGGGAAGAGUUUUAAUCGACAGAGUCAUCUCAAAACACACCAGCGCAUUCACACAGGGGAGAUGCCGUAUCACUGCUCAGAGUGUGGACAGAAUUUUAGACAACAGGGUAAUCUUACAACACACCAGCGCAUUCACACAGGAGAGAAACCGGAUCACUGCUCAGAGUGUGGGAAGAAUUUCAGGCUUUCAAAGACUGUAAAAACACACAAGUGUACUAAGGACAGUGUUGGAAAUCAGCAGUAAUGAGUGGAACCUUAACACGGCCUGAGAGUAAAAGUCAACAGGAAACGGUGAUUCCAGCCAAAUUUCACCUCGUUUUUUUGUAGUUUUUACAGCCUAAAUAAAAUUCAGUGUAAUUUCCUGUGCUGAACACAAAGUCAAGCCUAAAGCUUAUACACCUGAUGAGAAGGUGUGGUACUGCGUAUUCACCCCAAAAUGAGUUUCAUUUCUAUUAUAUGUGGAAAACAAGAGGCUCCACAUUCAGUAUUUAGGGGCUCUUUUUAAUUUAGCAGAUCUAAGCUAGUGUAGUGUUUCUGAUGCAAUGCUGGAUGGUUUUGACAAACACUUUUUUUGGUUUAGUUAAGCCUUUGCAUGUUUGGUAAUGCAGGUUUUGUGAACGUGUUAACCUGUUGAGACGUUUUUUCUCCGUUUUUUUUUUUAUUAUUAUUAUUGUUUUAAAUAUUCUUUUUUAUUCUUCUUUUGAAAUUCACUGUUUACUAAAGAACUGGCCCAUUUUGCUGUCACAUGCCAAGCUUACAGUUGUUUUUAAACUACCACCCUCUACGGAGGCAGCCAACAAGUCUGCCUACCAGGCCAUCAGAAGAUUAAAAACAUCAACUUUUCCAACUCCCCCCACCACCUUAAUACCAUAAACAUUCCAGAGAGUUGUGAAGCCCCCCAAGGAAUCUACAGCUGUUCCUUCUUGUUUGAAUCAAGCCAUUAUAUGGUUGAAACCUCUAUCAUAAAAUUGCUACCUUUUCAAAUUAAUAUAAACUUAAAACUAACCCUAAAAACAAGAACUCUUCAUGACGACCUGUCAUGUGUCCACAGUGCCAUCCAGUGGCUGAAGUGGGAACAAAAAUCUCAGACUUGCAGAGUAGUCAUAUUUUGGUUAAAUUUAAAUUAUUGAAAAGAUUUUCUAUGUCAGUUGUCAUGAUUACGUUGCUUCCAAUUUGAAACUGUCAUAAACCUAACUAAGAGCUAGUUAGUCUCAUAUAACGCUGAAUUGCAUGUUUUCUUUAUUUUUCUUUGUUGUCCACAAAAACUGUUUUCUUAUAUUGGUCAGGAGGAGGAUAAUAGCCUGUUAUGCAUUGUGUAAUCAAAAUGUUUUUCUUUGUUUCUUCUUUUUUGAAAGGUAUAUUCUUUAGUGUAAGUAGAAUGUAUUUGCAUAAGAAAGGAUGCAGAUUGUAGUAAUAUGAAUGCAAGUUUGCCUGGAAUUGACUUUCCAUGUAUUAUACUGCUCCCCUGAAUGUGAGUUAUCAGAACUGUCAUUGGUGCCUGUAUUAUGGCUACUCCAAACUAAUGCUCCAUUCUUUAUUGUUUCUUUAUUGCUUAAUUGUCUGUAUCAGUAACAUUCUUUAUUGUUUAUCCUUUUGAUAUUCAAAAUAUUAACCAAAUGUAA